AUUAUACAUUACUUAUGAUAAAGUGAUGAAUGAUCCGUUCGCUGAUAUAAAUAUAUAUUUUUAAAAUUUAUUAAAUGCCCAAAGACGCUAGAGGAAAAAAUAGAAAAUGGGGAAAUCAUAAGGAUAGACAAUUCGAAUAAAUAAAUGAGGGUGAAUUGAUAGAAUAAUUGAGAAAUCAAGGAGAGGAAGAUGAAGAUGAUAAUGAAGAAGUUUAAUAAGAAGAUCAACCUUAAAAAGUUGAAUAAAAAGGAGAAGCAUAAGAAGAGUAAUAAUAAGAAAAAAAGAAGAAAAAGAAAAAGUACACUUAAUUUAAAACUUAAUUAGAAGAGUGAUUGCAGAAGGAGUACCAAAACCAAAAAAAUAAAAGAGAAAUCUUGAUAUGCCAGAAUCAGAUGAAGAAGAUGAGUCAUAAUAUUAUUGAUGUAAUAUAUAGAUGAUUAAUAUUAUACACAAUUAAUUUGCCGC